AUGGGUUCCCCGGAAGUGACCGAAAUGCCUCUGAUGAAGAGUUCGACUCAGGAUGAGCUACAUAGUCCUCUUGAAAAGACGACGUCACAGCUAUCUGGGCGUAUCAAGGAUGAUGGAACCUACGAUGCUCCGAAGAAAGCAUAUUCGCUCGCCAAAGUCUCAACCAAGCAGGUGGAUGAUAUCGAGAACACGAACAGCGAAUCUGAAACCCCUCCUGAGGAGACAACCGAGGUUGUCAAGAAUGCCGACGAUAUUGCGGCUUUGAUCAUAUCGGCGGAAGAUGACCCAGACCUACCGGUGCUCACAUUCCGAUUUUGGGUGCUCGGUUGUGGUCUGUCGGCCUUCGGUGCUGUACUCUCAGAAAUCUAUUACUGGAAGCCGCAGAAUGCGAGCGUUUCUCCUCUGUUUCAACUUAUCAUUGCAUAUGUUCUCGGGAAUGCCAUGCACUACACCAUGCCGACGACCGGCUUCUGGCGUUACGUCAACCCUGGUCCUUUCAACAUCAAGGAACAUACUUCCAUUACCAUUAUGGCUAGUACAGCGUCAUCUACAGCAACAUCUAUUGGCAUCGUCGGUACCUUAGACCUUUUCUACGGCGUCACUUUGAGUCCGGCCGCCGCUAUAUUUCAGAGCUGGGCCUCUCAGUUGAUCGGCUACGGUUUUGCUGGCAUACUUCGCCGCUUGCUCGUCUGGCCGACAUAUGCAUUAUAUCCUGGUACACUCCCCGAGAUCGCUCUGCUUCAAUCCAUGCAUUUUGGUGGCUUAUUGAACCGGAAGAAGAUGAGAUACUUUUGGAUCGUGUGUAUUGCCAUUUUCUGCUAUGAAAUUAUCCCCACUUGGAUGUUCCCCCUGAUCACCGCCUUCUCUAUCAUCUGUCUCGUCGACGAAGGAAGGUCCACAUUCACACGUAAUCUCUUUGGCGCAGGCUCUUCGAACGAAGGACUGGGCCUAUUCUCAUUUGGAUUUGACUGGGUAUUGAUCUCCCAAGCCUAUCCAUUGUACUGGCCUCUUCAAACCCAAGUGUCUGCAUGGAUUGGUAUGGCACUUUGCUAUAUUGUGAUGAUGGCAUGUUACUAUGGCGAUGUAUUCCAAGGCUACUCAAGAGGUCUGCCGUUCAUGUCCACCGGGCUGUUUUCCGGCAACGGAUCGAGCUAUGACCAGACAGUUAUUCUCGAUGCAAAUAACCAGCUUGAUCCUGUCAAGUUCGCUGAAAUCGGGCCUCCGUAUAUGACCACAACAUACGCGGUGUCACUCCUUCAUUGCCGGGACCUGAAGAACGCAUUUGGGAAAUUCCGUUUUAUGCAAGGGGCUGACGACAUCGAGGACAUUCACUAUGAGAAGAUGAAGAUCUAUAAGGAAGUCCCUCAAUGGUGGUAUGCUCUGAUCUUCUUUGCCAGCUUGGGAGUAGCCAUCGGUACAGCAUACGGUCAUGUGGACACACUACCCUGGUGGUCCGUCAUCGUAUUCACGAUCAUUGCCUUCAUUUUAGCAGUUAUCCUCGGAGUGAUAGCAGCAGUGACGGGGUUCAGCGUCCCUACCUCAUCCUUUGUGCAAGUCAUAGCAGCCUACAUCCACCCACAACAACCAAUCCAGAACAUGUAUGCCAAGCUGUAUGGGUACAACACCGGCUAUCAGACCCUUGCCCUGCUGUCCGAUCUCAAGCUAGGCCAAUACGCCAAAAUCCCACCUCGGGCAACCUUCGUCGCCCAGUGCGCCGGUACAGUCCUAGGCGCAGUGCUGGACUACAUCCUCUACAAGUCGAUGGUAGAUGCUCACAGGGCGGAUCUGCAGAAUCCGAUCGGAACCCGGCUCUGGUCUGGCUGGGUCGCCCAAGAGCUGAACUCUGCUGCAAUUACCUGGGGAGCUCUUUCUGCCGAACUGUACAACCCCGGCAAGCUCUAUUUCCAGAUCCCCAUGGGCCUGCUAUACGGCUUCCUCGCCCCUAUCCCCUUGUAUAUCUUACACUGUUUUUUUCCGAAGCAGCAGGUAUGGAGCUACCUCAAUAUGCCAGUUCUGUUGACGUACCUUGGAUGGCUGCCGUAUUCUGUAAACGGGAUGUGGUGGACGUCCUUGGUGAUUGGCUUGGCAAGUCAGUGGUGGGUGAGGCUCAAGUACCCAAGAUGGUACAAGAAGUACAACUCGCUGGAUGGAGGCACGUCGAUCAUUUAUUUCAUCCUGAACUUUGCGGUGUUUGGCGCUGGAGGACAGGGCGUGAACUUCCCCAUCUGGUGGGGGAAUCCGGAUCCUAAUGUGUUGAGCGUCGAUCAUUGUGCUGUCGCUGGAUAG